AUGGGGCAAUCUAAGACUAGUUUGAAAGAAUUGUUGAGCGUGAAACGAAAGUUCGCUGAGUCGAUUGACGAUUAUCUGAAUCGAUUUCGGUUACUAAAAAUAAGGAAGAAAUUAGACACGCGGUAUUUGAGAGACAUGGCCCAGUUAGCUGACAGAGUUCGACAGGUCGAAAAACUAAAGGCCGAAAAAGCCAGAGUUAGUAAGGAUGGACAAGUACUUGUACCCCCAGGUACAAAAGUACCACCAUUAGAACAGAGAAAGAAACAAGAGUUUUGUAAGUACCAUAAUUUUCUAGGACAUAAGACCUCACAAUGCUUUCUUUUUAGGGAUCUUAUUCAGAAUGUACUCAAUGAAGGUAGACUGAAGUUUUCUAAGGGAAAGUCACCUAUGAAGAUUGACUCUCACCCCUUGCAAGUUGAUGAUGCUAGCUACGUGGAACCUAUAGCAAUCAAUAUAGUCAAAAUUACCGAAGAUUUUGACAUGGUUGAGUUUAAGAAAAUGAAAAUUAGAUCGAAGCAGCAUUCUGAAAAGCUGGUGAAAGAUUGGUGGAAUUUAUCUAUAGGUGCAAGGCUGAAGACUCUAAAGUGA